UAUCGUUCGUGCUAAUUAGCCGCACCACCGCACGUACAGCGUAUACACAUCAGAUUUUGAACGCCCUCGGUAAAAACACGUACAAGAAAUGACACUGCAUAGUACUGCUCGAAAAUAAGCUAGAAAUUUCAGGCGUGUACGUCUACUUGACUAUGUACAUUGCACACUGGCGCUAGCUAGCCCUGAUCGGAAUUUGGGAUAUUACUACCGGUAUAUACCAGCGGAGUUGAUGUUCGUCCUUUAUGUAACUGUUCUUCAGAAAUAAACAGUUUUGUUUCUUUCCCAUUCCUGGUAGGAUGUUGUGAUGGUACCAGUGACUCUUGUUGAUUGGUUGUGAAUGAUCUAACUAGAUGCCCAUGAUGGGGAAGAAUUCAAAUUGCAGGAGAAUAUGUCUGUUCGACAUGGAUGGGACCAUAACAAACACAAGAAGGACAAUCGAACCCGAGAUGAUCGACGUCCUGUUAAAGCUACAGACUCAUGUUCCCAUCGGUCUGAUCACGGGCUCAGACAUCAAGAGCGUCGAGAACCAACUCGGACACGAUCUCCACCAGAUGUUCGAUUACGUGUUCGUAGAGAACGGCAUGGUAGCAUAUCAGAAGGGACAGGUGUUUGCUAAGAAGAUUAUAUCAGAGCAAAUCGGAGAGGAAAAGUUACAAGAAGUUAUCAAUUUUGUACUGCACUAUUUGGCUGAUUUACAUCUUCCGAUCAAAAGAGGAUGUUUUGUGGAAUGUCGUACCGGUAUGAUCAAUAUAUGUCCUAUGGGACGAUGUAACUCAACUCUGGAAGACAGAAGAAUCUUCUGUGAAUAUGACAAGAAACACAAAGUCAGAGAAAAGAUGGUCAAAACACUCCGAGAAAGGUUUUCUUCCAGCGGACUCAAAUUUUCAAUAGGAGGACAAACAAGCUUUGACGUGUAUCCGAUGGGAUGGGAUAAGACAUUCUGUUUGCAAUAUUUGGAUCAGGAAUAUAAAGAAAUAUACUUCUUCGGCGACAGGACAUCACAGGACGGUAACGACUACGAGAUCUUUCAUGAUAGCAGGACUAUCAGCCACACUGUAACUAGCCCAGAACACACCAAGCAACUCUUACAACAACUCUUCUUCAACCAACCACCAAACACUGACUCGUGAGUGUCAUGUUAGUGACUUCUAAAGCUACAGUACUCUUCUUUCUUAGAACAAGCACCAGACUUGCCAGUGUCUGAAUCAUAACACUUCCAGUGUCUGUGGUCUGGAUCAAAGACGUUACCAUCAAUCAUAGGGUAUAUAGUUCCAAACACCAUUCCCUUAGAGAAGGGGCCACUCUAAACACUAACUAAAAUGUUGGAUCACCAUUUUAAAGGGUCAAGGAGUAAACACUUUUUUCAAUGUAAGAUUAACAAUUUUAACACGCAUGUUCAAAGUGUUCAUGUACUAUUUACAAAUACGUGGUCACUCUUUGACCCUUUGUAGUCCCCAGCUCAUUUAAUCACCCGGAUCUUGGUUAGUUAAGAGUCGGUGUUAGAAUCAGAAAAAGUGAUUUUCGCCACACUGUAACCAGCCAUUAGUACACCAUUAGAAACCUUUUGAAAGUAUGUUAAGGAAAUGCUUGUGUCAGUGUUAUCAUUUAUGCCAGUACUGUUCAGAGAUCAUAAUGGUUACCGGUCCCAAACACCAGAGACAGAGUCCCUGGAUAGCAUCGCUGGUGUUCGUGUUAUAGUCUUGAGUACUUGUGUGAUAAACUGUCCCAAGUACAAUAAACACCUUUUCGUUGAUUAGCACCAACUCUACGCCCCUGAGAUCUAGCACCGGAAUAGCAAUUCUGCGCUUAUCAUAUAAAUGUGGAUUUCUUUUGAAACCGUUUAUACCUCCAUGCCUCCAUGGACAUAGUAAGAUGAAAACAUUAUAAUCAUUUUGUCAUUGUUACACAGCCGUGAAAAAUAGUUUGUAAAUGAAAAAAAGGACACUGAUGUACAUAUUGAUUUUAAACUGAAUGUAGACCUUUAUUCAUAAAAUGUAUAAUAACAACUGACUAAAAGAGGUUUAUUGCAAGAAAUGUAUUAUGUAUAUGUAGUUUAUGUGUAUAUUUUAUUUUAACUAAACAAAUCAAUCGGUCAGCUCUGUCUCCAUAUGAACCAAUGUGAUGAAACCUAGAUGAAAAGCAGAAGCCUAACGGUCGGACAAUGAUUUUGGCUCAUUAUUAUAUAAUAUUCUAGAUUGUCACAAAUAUCCUUUUUUAUUCAGUUAUUCAUUUAUUGCAAUUCUUUGGGGCUAGAUUGCACGUGAUUUUUAUGUAAAAUGUUUAAGCCUUACAAUGAAAUUACAAUCUAGUAUUUUGUAUUUUUACAAUCAAAGCGUGAUAAUCACGGUAGGAAGUGCUGAACAUAAUAAUUUAUUACGACAUGUCAUGAAAGUAAUAAUUAUUUGGCCUUCGAUCAGCCAACCUGAUUACAGUAGACAGAGAGUUAAAAAAUGAAACAUUUUCUCUUUGUUUUUCUAUAUUUUACCAUGAUUACAACUUACUGUUCAUUGUAUUCUAUCAUUUUAUCAUAAAGAGUGACCAAAAGAUAAUGACUACAUAUUUUUUAAUGAUCUGAUUUGCUAAAAUCAUGUG